UACACCUGCCUUCAAGCAUGACAGCACAUAGCCCAACUUGGGGGUCACCCGACACCCUGGUGGGCAGCACCCCAGCUUCGUCAGGCCCAACCCCAAGGGGAAUGCAAGGACAGCAUGGAAAGUACUCAGCAGAGUGUGGGAACCUGGCCGGCGUCCGGCACAUCAUCCUCAUCCUCUCGGGAAAGGGGGGCGUUGGGAAAAGCACCAUCUCCACGGAGCUGGCUCUGGCUCUGCGCCAUGCAGGCAAGAAGGUAGGCAUCCUCGACGUGGACCUAUGUGGCCCCAGCAUUCCCCGCAUGCUCCAAGUGCAGGGCAGGGCUGUGCACCAGUGCGACAGCGGCUGGGUGCCCGUCUUUGUGGACCAGGAGCAGAGCAUCGCCCUCAUGUCUGUGGGCUUUCUGCUGGAGAAGCCGGAUGAGGCCGUGGUGUGGAGAGGCCCCAAGAAGAACGCACUGAUAAAGCAGUUUGUGUCUGACGUGGCCUGGGGGGAACUGGACUACCUGGUUGUGGACACACCCCCGGGGACCUCUGACGAGCACAUCGCUACCCUCGAAGCCCUGCGUCCCUACAAGCCCCUGGGGGCCCUCGUGGUCACCACGCCGCAGGCAGUGUCCGUGGGGGACGUGCGGCGGGAGCUGACCUUCUGCAGGAAGACAGGGCUGCAGGUGAUGGGGGUCGUGGAAAACAUGAGCAGCUUUGUCUGCCCACACUGCGCGGAGUGCACCAACGUCUUCUCCAGGGGCGGCGGGGAGGAGCUGGCCAGACACGCCGGGGUUCCCUUUUUAGGCUCUGUGCCCCUGGACCCCGAGCUCACAAGAAGCCUAGAGGAGGGGCGCGACUUCAUCCAGGAGUUCCCCAAGAGCCCUGCCUUUCCUGCGCUCAUCUCCAUAACCCAGAAGAUUCUGGACAGGGCGCUGGCUCAGCUUUCUUGACUGAGGCGGCCCCUGCUCCUGACACUGAGAGGCGCUUACCGAGUGCAGGUCCGGGGAAGCCUACAGGUGCUGGCCCGGGGCCCUGGAUGUGCAGAUACCUCUCCGCCCGGCCCUGGGAGCUGUUGCCAGGGUUCCAGCGGCAGCUGGGGCUGAGGACAGCCAUGGCCUGGGUGUGGCCUUGAGACAGCAGUGGUCUAGGCCCUGCACAGGCUUCUUCCCAGCUCUGGUUACAAUCGAGCUUCACAUCUGUGCCCCAGACACUGGCUGCUCCUUACAGCUGAGUGUCCACACCGCUCACAGGGCUCACUCAACAUCAGCUGUCCUCAGGGGACCCAGGACUCCCAUCCCCCGAGAAUUGAUGAAUCACGUGUUGAGGGAGGAAAGCCUCCUGUGAGGUGCUGGACUGCCCCCAGGCAUGUCUUGUAACUUUAGAGGAAGCUACCAUUAAAUUUGUCCCACCACAGUG